AUAUCAUUGAAACUUAUGGCUUUACAAAAGACCCUGAAUUAGAGGAUUAUAUAAUAGUUAUGGAAUAUGCAUCAGGAGGGGAUUUAUAUAAGCAUUUGCAGAAGGAUUUUGCAAGAAUUACAUGGAAUAGAGAAAAAUUACGUAUUUUACAUCAAAUUUCAGUAGGACUUGAAACUAUUCAUAAUAAAAAAUUUAUGCAUCGAGACUUCCAUAGUGGAAACAUAUUAUUUGAUCCAAAAGGUAAAAGAACGUCAAAUGAUGAUUGGAAAAUUGGAGAUCUAGGAUUAUCACAAGCUGUAAAUAGUGAAUCAUCAAAUAAUGAAGUAUAUGGAGUAAUACCUUACAUUGCACCGGAAAUAUUUAGAGGGUCUAUAUUUUCUAAAGAAGCUGAUAUUUAUAGUUUGGGUAUGAUUAUGUGGGAACUUACAACAGGUUGUAAACCAUUUGAUAAUGUUAAACAUGAUCAUCAUCUAAUUUAUAAAAUUCUUGAAGGAGAACGACCUAAAAUUACAGAAGAUACACCAGAAUGUUAUGCUAAUUUAAUGAAAAGUUGUUGGGAUGCUGAUCCUAAAAAAAGACCUUCUAUAAAAGACAUUCGUUUGACUUUUGGUAGGUGGACAUUUAAAAAGGUUAAUGAUGAAGAAUUUAGACAAGGUGAAGCAAAAAGAGCGAAAUUAAUAGAAUCAAAGAAGAUUGGGCCGGAAUUUGCUGAAAAACGUCAUUUAGGAGCUAUUUAUACAAGCAGGCCAUUAAGUGCUUUAAUUUCUAAAUGCUCAUCCAUAUAUUCAUUUUCAAAAAUUUCAUUUGAUAAGCGAGAUUCCAAUUAUACCUCAGAACUAGAGAAUAAUACAGACAUUGAAAGUUUAUCGUCACAAAAUUUAAAUUCUGCAAUUCAAAAAUUUCCAACCGCUUUAGAUUCUAGAUAUAGCUCAGCAGAAUUAGAGCCUGAUAUAAACACUGAAAGUUUAUCAUUAUAUGAUUUAAAUUUUACGAUUCAAAAUUAUUCAACCGCUUUAGAUUCUAGAUAUAACUCAACAGAAUUAGAGUUUGAUAUAAAAACUGAAAG